GAUGCAAUAAAUAGAUAAGAGAUUGAGCUAAGCAUUUCCACCAAACUCUAAAAAUAACUCUAGUUAUAUAGCUGAGAUACACAGUGUAUUAGCAAAUGUUAAAAUAGAUGACAUAGGAUUUAAAGAUAUUAAAUUUAGAACAGUGCAAACCAAGAGAGAUAUAGCAUAGCUUAAAUUGCUUUAGAAAGAGUGGUUCCCAAUUAAUUAUACUGAACAAUUUUAUACAGCUGUUUUGAAUGGCUAUGUUUCUUCUCUUUUAGCAGAGAUUGAAAUAAAAUUUCCUUCAGGACGAAAGGAGAAAUACAUAAUUGGAGUUAUGGUUUAUUAAUCAAGAUAGAGUAAAUCGAAAUAUCAAUAGAAUUUAAACUGGAAAUAAUGGUUUUGUUCACUCUUUUAAUAAAAAAAUGCUUUAUAUAUUAUGACAAUAGGUGUUAUUAAUGAGUUUAGAGGAAGAGGAAUCGCAGAAUAUAUGAUAGAUUAGUUAAAAUAGAGAGUCUUAGACUCUAAUAAAACACUAAUAUACAUAUAUUUAGACAUGGUUGUUUAUAAUGAGGUGGCAGCUCGAUUUUAUCAAAAAAAUGGUUUCAAUAGAGUUGGAAUUAAGAAAAAUCAUUACUCGAUAGAAGAUCAAUAAUUCGAUGCUUAUGUAUAUGUCUGGUAACCUUAAUGA